AUGGAUCUGGCCAAUCUUCUCCAUGGUGCUCCGGCCCCCAAGCCCUACUCAUACACAUAUAUCCACAAGCGUCCACAAGCGCCCCUCUUUUCACCAUUUGAGGAAACAAAGUGCUCACUGCCUUCUAUCUCAUCUCUACUUGAGGGUGCAGACAGUGCUCAAAAUACUCAACAAAGCAAGCGCCAACGUAUGAGCCCAUCAGCUCGGGAUCGUGAUGUUCGCUACGACGCCAUCAACCUCCCACCAACACCACCCCUACGCCCAAGCUCAGGAUUAGGCAAUAUCUCCUCACCAGAGUCGAGCAAGUCAAACGACCACUUCCACCGCUCCUCAAUCUCAAGUACCGGAUCAGUCUCUGCAGCCACAAUGUCAGGUCCAUACGCCUCACCAGCACCUAGCGUCUCAUCAUACACAUCCACAACUCAAGACGCUGCCCCAAUGUAUUACCGCCAAACACCAACCUACCAACAAGCAACACCAACAAUAACACAACCGUGCCCUUCUCCCUCUCUCAUUUCCCCAGUCACCCCAGCCUGGCAACAUCACCACUAUUUCCCCCCUUCUUCAACGGCACCCUACCAGCAGACUCACGACCGCUAUAUCUGCCGUACAUGCCACAAGGCAUUUUCCCGUCCUUCUUCUCUGCGCAUUCACUCGCACUCGCAUACGGGCGAGAAACCUUUCCGAUGCACACAUGUCGGUUGUGGAAAGGCUUUCUCAGUGCGUAGUAACAUGAAGCGCCAUGAACGGGGUUGUCACUCUGGUCAUUCGGCUGUUCAAGCCACUGCCCUCGUAUCUUGA